GUGGGGUAGAAGAAUUGGAGAGAUGAAGUGAAGGCUGAUGUUGCAACAGAGGCAAGGAAUCAGUGUGGAGAGAUGAUGAGAUUCUCACAGCUAAUGAGAUGGCUUGUGCACUGUUUGGUUACAACCGAUCAGAUAUGAUUUGCCGGUGUUUGACAGAUUUGGUCCAACUGAAGAGAAAGGAUCAACAGACCAUAAUGGAAUCUUACCUUCAACCAAGUGGACAAGUGAUUAGUAUCGCUGGCAAAGUGGUGGAAGCCAUCGACAAAGAUGGAUUAGUUUUACCAGUGUCUUUAUGGAUGAAACGAGUUGACUACAACAAGAAGUCUCGCUGUCUUGUGGCUAUGGAACCAAUUCACAGACUUAUCUGUUCAAUUUAUUUUGAUAUCAAGGGAGAGAUAAUAAGGUGUGAUGAGAAGCUGUCCUGUUUCUUUGGUUAUAGCAACAGCGAGGACAUUACUGGAGCAAAUAUAACUCAGUUGAUUCCAGCAUUUAAGUUACCAAAACUUUUCCAGAGAUUGACCAAGAACAUAAAGAAACAGAGAGCAACUGGGAAAACCUUGGAUGGUUCCAUUUUUCCUCUUACAAUACAUGUCCAUCCAAUAGACAUAGCUUCUGAUGAAGAGGAUAAUAGUUUACGCCAAGAUUCUGCUUGUAGAUUAACCAGUAUCUUUGAAGGUGUCGUUUGUAUUUUCUCCACCAUCACUGGGCUCAUAACAUUCUUUCCUGAUGGCACAAUACACAGCAUUAAUCACCAUUUCGCACUGAUGCUCUUUGGUUAUUCAAGUUCGGAACUUAUCGGCAAGACUAUCAGCACACUGAUUCCUGAUUUCUAUUCCAUUGUGAGUUCAAUGAAUGUCUCAUCUAGUAAUCAUUGCAAUUCAAGUCUGCUGAAAAACUCCGUUAGCGAGACAUCAACUCUGUCGAAUAAAGGGAAGAGAAAAGGCUCCAAAAGGGCUACCCUUGAAGGAAAUAUAGCACACCACAAGCACCAAGAAAUGCUGAAAGAAAACCAGUUUAUAGAAAGAAAUGCUGAAGAAAAGGGCACACUUGAUUUCAGUAACUGGAUGAAGGAUGUGGAGGAACUGAAACCUGAAAAUUCUUCAACCCCAUAUCGUUCUUCAAAAAGCUUAAACCAUAAUGAAAUCACCCCUUCUGUGAUAGAUGAAGAUCUGUUAUUUCUGCCUGCCGUUAAAAUGAAGGACAGGCAGCAUGAGCCAGUUUUGACUAAUGAUUUGUUCUCAAACCCUGAAGACAGUUCUGUUGUGAUACUGGAGCCAGAUCCUCUUGAAGGCGUUACUACUAAAAAGCCUGAAGAGUCUAAAUGUGCCCCAGAUGUUGGAAUUGCAAAAGCUCGCUCUACGCUGUCUGUUGAGGAGCAACAACACGAUGGUGAUGGUGAUGGUGAUCAUGCUUGCAACCAGUUUGAAGAUGGUGACAAGACAGCCAAAGAUUUAAAGACCAGCAAAUUCACUUCCAUUGAGGAUUCAAAGACUCCUGUAGAAUCUAAUUUAUAUAUUAGCAACAAUACUGAAGACACAACUGGUGAUAAAUUAUUCCAUAACAAGAGCUUAGACCUGGAAAACACCAGCUCGCCAAACGAAAAUCUUAAUGAUAAGGCUGAUGACUAUCUCCUAACAGAGGCUGUAGCGAUAAAACAUGAUAACAGCUUUCUUUGUAAAACCAAGCUCUGUUCAAGAACACAAUCUGUUGGUUCUGAACUAACUUUAGUUGAAUCUAAGAUGAAAGCCCUUCAAGUAGACUGUGAACUGCUGCCCAGUGAAUUUGGUUCCGACAACAAUCUUGACAGUGGACGCUUUCAUGAGAAUGUAGUGGCUGCUGACAGUAUAGGUGAUGUUAAUGACCGCAAGAAGACUCUGACAAGAAAACGUGGAGUUGAUAAGAAAGAAUCCAACGUUAAUCUUAUAAACAGAAUGAGUGUUUCCCUGACUGAGUCGGUUUCCAAACAAGCCCCUCCAUCAAACUAUAAAUUACGGCGGAGAAGGAGUUUCAAAGCACUGCCUCCCAGGAAAAUGUGUUUUGAAAAAUCCAAAACGGAUAAAAUGCUAGCAUCCUCUGAAGACUCUGAAGAAGACAGCUUUGAACUUUUGGAGAAAGAAAUUCAAAAGUCUUGUCAAGGAAAAGAUUACGAUGAAGACCUCCUUGACAGUGGUGAUAUAUUAAGCUCUUGUGGCAGUUCAAAAAAAACUGAAGAUAUGCUGCAAAAGAGUUUAGUAAUCCAGGAUAUAGGAGAAUCUCCAAACGAUAAUAAAAACCAGCUGAGCAAAUUGGCUUUUGAUAAUGUUCCUGUCCUCGAUCCUCGUCUUCACGAGACAGUGAUUUCUGAAGCUGUACUUAAAACAUCAGUUGUCAAACAUCUGUCUCCAAACUACCAGAAAACAGCUAUGCGAAAUAGCCAUAUUCAGCGUAACAAGACCAAGAGUGAGAUGGAUGACGUCCCUGAGGACAACGAAUCAAUUCAAGAAAACCUCAGCAACCUCGAUGAGUUCACGGACGGAGAGUUUUCAGGAAUGUGUGUCCACAAGGAUGGAUCCUACAUUGGUAUAAAUUUUGCCAUCAACCCAAUGUUGCUUGAAUCAGGAGAGUUGAUGUUUUGCAUGUGGGUAAGCCAAGACUUGGAGAAUGCAUCUGUUGCUAGUUUACGUGCUGGGUUCACCAGCUGUUCCAACGAUGAAUCGAUCCAUUCUGAAGAUCUGUCUUGUUCAUCUCAUGGUGGCUUUGGGGGAGGAACAAAAUGCAACGGAGAUGGUGAAGAGUCAUACCCAUUAUGCAAAGCAUACGACUUGAAUUAUCAGAACCUGCGCACCAUUGGUCACGGGGCAUUUGGGUUUGUCGUGGUAUCAGUGAACAAAUCAUCCGACACCGAGGUAAUUGUGAAAUAUAUCCUUCGUUCUAAAGUCCUGACUGAAAACUGGAGGGACGAUCCCAUUCAUGGUCGGAUUCCUUUAGAAGCAUCUAUGCUAACACAGCUGUCGCAUCCAAAUAUUGUUCAAGUAAGUUUCCUUGUUUUUCCUUUCCCCCCUUCUUUUUUGUCUCCCCUUUUUGUUGUUAUGUGGUGGCAGCAGUGGUGAUAGCAAUGGCAGUGA